CUCCCGGCUUACAGAUUUUUUACAUGAGCGCAGUUGUGAAACACAAGUCCUGUACUUGAAAUAUGUCUGCCACCAGAUACCGUCGAUUUCUGAAGCUGUGCGAGGAAUGGCCAAAAGACGAGUCUAAGAAAGGGAGAGAUUUAGGGACGUUUUUACGCCAAAGAGUCGCUAGUGCUUUCCGGGAAGGCGAAAAUACACAGAUUUCAGACCCAGAGAAAUGUGAUCAGAUGUAUGAAAGUCUGGCUCGCAUCAACAGUAAUGUGUACAAAGAGAAGUUUCCACGAGCAAAAGAUACCAGUUUUACAGGUGUGACAGUGGAAGAGUGUCGAUUGCUGUUGGCAACAGGAAGCAUGCAGCAGACAGAUGAGGAGAAGAAGGGAUUGUGGAAGACCCUAAUGGAGCGCUUCUCCUCCAAACCUGAAGACGGACCCCCUGAAAAAGCUGAGAAAUAAUCACCAUACUGUAUAGUUCUUAUUUAUUCCCCUUUGCACUUUCACAGAUAAAACCAAUAAGCUGUGUAUGCAGAUCUUCACUUUUAACAGCUGUAGCUCUCGUAAUGUUCAUGGUUGAACAGAGACCUCCAAAAACCAGUGAUUUUGUUGGAAGAGCUGCUAUAAAGUUGAAGAAAUGUGACAAUUCAGGAAACACAAUAUUCAGUUUUAUAGAAUAUUACUUGCAUAUUAUUUUUCUUGAACCAACAGAUGCCAAUAAAUACUUUUUGUAUCUCCUGCUAAACAA